GGAGGAACCUUCUCCCUUACUGACAGGAAGUCCCUAAGAGCAGGCGCGAAAUGGUCAGUCCUAACUUCCGGAGUGGAGUCGGCCGGUCGCAAGCUAUAGGGGAGCUUGAAAGAUGAGACACUUGGGGACUCUGGUGGUCUGCGUCUGUUUGCUUUGAGCACUGUGGCCUGGCCGUCAACUCACCAUGUUCCUCGCUCGCCUGACUUCACAGCUUCUCAGGGCUGUGCCCCGGACAGGUUUGAGUCGUUCCUGGCCUGGAUCAGGGGUGAUUGGCAGCCAUGUUUUUCGACCCCUUUACAGUUCGCAGCCUGCAAGCCCAAGUCGGGCUGCCUCCCUCCCUGGUAAGGGGGCCCAGUUAGAUCUUGAGGAGUUUCUCGUCCCUAGGAAGAUGGCCAUCAGUCCGCUGGAGAGCUGGCUGACUGCUCAGUACCUACUGCCCAGACUGCAUGCUGAGGGCCCAGUGACUCUGGCUCCCUCCCAGUUCUACAAAUGUCCACCUACUCAUGGGAGGGAGGGAGCUGAGCAGGAGGGAGUCAGGGAUGCCUGUGGUGCCACUCCGCUGCAGUGCAAAAAUGUGCUGAAGAUCCGAAGACGGAAGAUGAACCACCACAAGUACCGUAAACUGAUCAAGAGGACGCGGUUUCAACGGCGUAAAGUCCGGGAAGGACGUCUGAAAAAGAAGCAGAUCAAGUUUGAGAAAGACUUGAAGCGCAUCUGGCUGAAGGCAGGCCUAAAGGAAGCCCCUGGGAACUGGCAAACCCCAAAGAUCUACAUGAAGAACAAAUAAGCCUGGAACCCUAUUCCUCUGGCCGUCGUGCUGCUGCUGACCCAUUAUAAUAAAUGUUGGAAGGACUCAAUUUUAGGCUGGCCUAGAGCUUUUUUUUGGCCUGGUGUGAACUCUCUUCAAGUAGAAGGAGACUUCCAUCCCAGGAACCCAGGGCCCCGGGAUGCCUAAUGGGUGCCCAUGUUCCGGCUGGUCCUUGUCCUCCAGCCUGACUAAUCUGCCUUCUGAAAAUACAGCAUUGUUUAGA